AUGGGCCCGACCAUCAAGCUGAGCAGCGGCCACGAGAUGCCCCAGGUGGGUUUCGGUCUGUGGAAGGUCGAUAACGCCACUGCUGCGGAUACGGUCUACAAUGCCAUCAAGACCGGUUACAGAUUGUUCGAUGGCGCCUGCGAUUACGGUAACGAGAAAGAGUGCGGCGAGGGCGUAGCGCGCGCGAUUAAGGACGGUCUCGUGAAGCGGGAGGACCUCUUCAUUACAUCCAAACUAUGGCCCGUUUUCGAAGAUGGCGAUAAGGUCGAGCCCGCCAUCAGACGCUCCCUCGCCGAUUGGGGCCUCGAGUAUUUCGACUUAUACUUGAUCCACUUCCCCGGCGCACUCAAAUACGUCGACCCAGCCGUGCGAUAUCCCCCGGGAUGGCACUACGACGGCAAGUCCCAGAUCGUUAGAUCUAACACGCCAUUGCAUGUGACCUGGGCGUCCAUGGAAUCGCUGGUAGGAAAGGGUCUCACGAAGUCGAUCGGCGUCUCCAACUUCCAGGCGCAGCUUCUUUACGACUUAUUGCGCUACGCCAAGAUUCCCCCGGCCUCCCUACAGAUCGAGCACCACCCAUACUUAGUACAGCAGGAGCUUAUAAGACUCGCUAAGGAAGAGGGUAUCGCUGUUACGGCUUAUUCCUCUUUCGGGCCAGCCUCCUUCUUGGAAUUUGGCUUCAAACACGCUAAAGCUCUGGUACCCCUAAUGAAGGAUGACCUGAUCACGAGCCUGGCGGCCAAGUAUGGCAAGCAGCCGUCGCAGAUCCUAUUGCGCUGGGCGACCCAGCGUGGACUCGCUGUGAUACCUAAGACGGUCCGUCCUGAGAUCAUGGCGCAAAACCUGGACUGCACUGGAUUCGAUCUCGAGCAGGCCGACAUCGACAGCAUCACUGACAAGGAUGCGGGCAUUCGGUUUAACCAGCCUUCGAACUACUUUGCCACGGAGAAGAUGUGGAUCUUUGGCUAA